GGCCUCUAGGAAGAGGACGGCUGGACUCGGACCGAGCGGUCUAGGUCACCUGCGCGCGAGACCCCGCAGCGCUGCGCACCUUGGUGCAGAGGAGGGACAUGGUCAGGCGGGCCUUCGCUGUGGGAAGAGCAAGGAAAAGUGGAAAGCCUGAGUGGGAUCUGCAGCGUACGGGUAGCGGUUGUCAUUGCUUAUUGCUCUACCAGCUGCCAAACGUUCCGGGAACCCGGGUCAACUUGACUGACAAAGUCAUGUAGGAAAUUGUAGAUCAUGUGAAGAUGGGACUCUUGAUAUUUGUACGCAAUCUGCUGCUAGCCCUCUGCCUUUUUCUGGUACUGGGAUUUUUGUAUUAUUCUGCAUGGAAGCUACAUUUACUCCAGUGGGAGGACUCCAAUUCAGUGGUUCUUUCCUUUGACUCCGCGGGACAAACACUAGGCUCAGAAUAUGAUCGAUUGGGCUUCCUCCUGAAGUUGGACUCUAAACUGCCUGCAGAGUUAGCCACCAAGUACGCAAACUUUUCAGAGGGAACCUGCAAGCCUGGCUAUGCUUCGGCCUUGAUGACUGCCAUCUUCCCCCGGUUCUCCAAGCCAGCACCCAUGUUCCUGGAUGCCUCCUUCCGCAAGUGGGCUAGGAUCCGGGAAUUUGUGCCGCCUUUUGGGAUCAAAGGUCAAGACAAUCUGAUCAAAGCCAUCCUGUCCGUCACCAAAGAGUACCGCCUGACCCCUGCCUUGGACAGCCUCAGCUGCCGUCGCUGCAUCAUCGUGGGCAACGGAGGUGUCCUGGCCAACAAGUCUCUGGGGUCGCGAAUUGAUGACUAUGACAUUGUGGUCAGACUGAACUCAGCACCAGUGAAAGGCUUUGAGAAGGACGUGGGCAGCAAAACCACACUGCGCAUCACCUACCCCGAGGGCGCCAUGCAGCGGCCUGAGCAGUACGAACGCGAUUCCCUCUUUGUCCUCGCUGGCUUCAAGUGGCAGGACUUCAAGUGGUUGAAAUACAUCGUCUACAAGGAGAGAGUGAGUGCGUCGGAUGGCUUCUGGAAAUCUGUGGCCACUCGGGUGCCCAAGGAACCCCCCGAGAUUCGCAUCCUCAACCCAUAUUUCAUCCAGGAAGCCGCCUUCACCCUCAUUGGAUUGCCUUUCAACAACGGUCUCAUGGGCCGCGGGAACAUCCCGACCCUCGGCAGUGUGGCAGUGACCAUGGCCCUACACGGCUGUGACGAGGUGGCGGUUGCGGGCUUCGGCUAUGACAUGAGCACACCCAACGCUCCCCUGCACUACUAUGAGACCGUGCGCAUGGCAGCCAUCAAAGAGUCCUGGACGCACAACAUUCAGCGAGAGAAAGAGUUUCUGCGGAAACUGGUGAAAGCGCAUGUCAUCACUGACCUCACCAGUGGUAUCUGAGGUGCACCCAGCACAUGGCCACAGAGGUCCAGCCACCACCACCUGCCCACUUCACUGGCCUCGGCCUGGCUCUGCCUGAGAGGUGCGGGAGCCUUCAGACCGGGAGAAGGACUGUGCCAAGUGGCCCCAGGGGUGGCGAGGCCUUGGCAGAGCAGCCAGAGCUAUGUCUGCUCAGAGGCCAGCCUCAGAGCCCAGCACUCGGCCUUCACCUCAGCCUGGGUCCUUGAAGCCAGAAGGCCAGGAGGCCACUGGUUGUGCCCAGCGGGCCCAGCAUGCAGGAGGUGGACGCUAGGCAGCAAAGCUGCUGCCAGAAUCAUUUCUCCAAUCAGUGUUCGGUGUAUUAUCACUUUGUGAAUUUGGGGUGGGGGGAGGGUAGGGAUAAUUUAUUUUUUAAUCAGGUUGGAGAUGUCACAUUUGGUCUACUGGCCAUGCAGAAAGAGACCCACUAAAGGGCCCCUCAGGCAGUGGUCCCAGCAGGCUCCCCGUAGCGUGGGAGUGCCAGGACUAGCCUGUGCCCUGCUCCGGGGUCAAGGGGAGGUGGGCAGGAUCUCAGGCCAGCCCCCUCCCGCUCAUGACAGUGUUUGGCCUUUCUUGGGGAGCAAAGGGGAUAGUCCCACUCAGCAGCCCCCAGCUGCCCCACAGGGAAAACCUGGAGCCAUCCUUUAAGCCAACAAGAUGCCCUGGGCUUGAGCGGAGAGAACUUCAGCGUUCGGGAGGCAUGGCCUGGCCCAGCCUGAUGGGAACGGCCCCCACCCCCACCCCAGCUGCAACCGACCGCCAGGACAGUGCUGCAGGCCUGGAGCAGCCUACCUGGCAACUGUUCUGGGUUUCAGCAACGAGACUGCCAGGUCCUCGGGUUCUGCCUUUAGCCUGGACCAGAGGGAAGUGAGGCACCAGGACUUCACCUGGCUGCGGCAGCCCUGCUGGGCAGCCAUCAUGGAAGCAAUAAAGCUCUUCCCUGAG